AUGUCGACACCUCAGCGAACGGAAAGCACGUUCGAGCAGAUACCGGUAAUCAACAUUGGGAAUGCGACUAGCAGUGAUCCUGCAGCUCGCAACGCGCUAGCAGAUGAAAUCCGGGACGCAUGCAUCAAUGUGGGCUUCUUCUACGUGAGCCACCACACAAUCUCGCAAGAAACUAUAGAUGCGGCCAUAGAUGCGGCGAAGAACUUCUUCGCCCUGCCCCUCGCGAAGAAAAUGUCUAUUGAUAUACACAAAAGUUCAAACUUCAAGGGCUACACGGCUCUCUUGGGCGAGAACACGAACCCGGAGAACCGCGGCGAUCUGCAUGAGGGCUUUGAUCUCGGCUGGGAAGAGAUGGACUCUGGUAUCAGUCGUAGAGACGGCGAUGGUGUAAUGACUGGGGUGAACGUCUGGCCCGAAGGACUCUCUGGUUUCCGGAAGGCCUGCCUUGACUAUUACCACGCAGCAGUCAAUCUCGGGAAACUGCUCUUCCCACUCUUCGCUCUCGCCCUCAAUCUGCCUGAAGACUUCUUCGACGAUAAGACAAUCAAGCCUGCGGCGAUUAUGCGUCUCUUGUACUACCCCCCGCAGACCGGUGCUGUUGACGACCGCGUGGAGGGAAUCGGGGCACAUACCGAGUGCGCUCCAAACUACUCUCGAUGCUUCACCAUCCUGUGGCAAGACCAAGUGCAGGCGCUACAGGUGUUAAACACUGAGGGCAAGUGGAUCGACGCGGUGCCUAUUCCGGGCACGCUCGUGGUGAAUCUGGGCGACCAAUUCGCGCGAUGGUCGAAUGAUAUCUUCAAGUCCACAGUCCACAGGGCGGUGAACCGAACUGGUAUUCAACGAUUCUCUAUGCCGCUGUUCUUCGGCACCGACUACAACGUCAAGCUUGAGCCGCUACCCGGCUGCGUAUCGGAAGAGAAUCCAGCGAAGUACGAGGUGGUGACCGCGGGAGAUUAUGUGAAGUCUCGUUUGGAAGCAACAUAUUUCUAUCCAAAGUGA